GGCGGAAUAGCCCGUUGGAGGCAUUUAAAAUAAGCCAAUCACUGUCUUGCUUUUGCUCUCUCGACGAAUCAGAGACCGCCAGCUGGGCAGGCCCUGGUGUUCCAGGUUAAACGCGGUGCAGUAGAACUCUUUAAACCAGGAUGAAGGCUCGGUCAUCCUCCCCGGUCCAUGUGCACGUCGAUGAGACAGCUCCUGUUCGCAUUCAUGUGCAUCGGAGUCAGUCCUUACCUUCCUCCAUGGAGAUGGAACAGCUUGCACUGACUUCAGUGCCUGAUUAUGGGAGCGCUGGUACGAGGAAAAAAGCAGCCAUAACCAUCAACAAGGAUGAGACAUUCCAUACGUCCAGAGAGAAAAGCACGAAGAAAUCAAACUUACCGCAGAAGCCAGCAUAUAAGAUCUGGGCGGUUAGCCAGUCGGACGACUUUGACCUUGGAAAGGCCGAAGGAGAGGAGAGUUCAUCUCAUGAUGUUGCCGAUUUUGGCUUUAAGGGACGUCCUUCACCACAUGAUUCUGGGACGGUUGGAGGUGACGCCGCUUUGUUGUCUGGUGGUCUGGACGGCCGAGGAGGGAGGCGGUGUGGAAGCAGGUCCUACUUGAGUCGCUCUCACCUUGACAGGCAUGGUUACGAUAUGAAAGACACACAUCUGCUGCGGACCCUAAUCGACGCCGAGACCGCUGCCGGUGCAGUGGCUGUGCAGCUCGUGUCGUUUAAAGACGUUUUGCCGGAUGGCCUUGAUGAUUCGCGAUUCAAGCACUCAGGUGAGCGGCACCUUUCGCGGGAAAAAAGCCUUUUGCUGGAGAAGCUGGAGAUUUUCAAACGCAUCAACUGGUUGGUCCGUGAGCAGCUGAGAGAGCUGCAGAACCGCGAGGAAAAUCGACUCGAGACCAGCCGGCAAAUAGACAUUUUACUGGAGAAGCUGACAAAGACGGAAUCUGAGAAUCGGAACUUGAAAAGAAACCUCAGCGAGGUGGAGAGCAAGGUGGAGGAACUGACGGAUAUGAGGAAAAGAGAAAUGGAGAAUGUCGGCACCGCACUGCAGCUGUCGAAGUCUGUGGAUGCCACCCGAGCUGUUCUGCAGGGGCAGCUCCGGAGCAAGGAGUCAGAGAACAACAGGCUGUGUGUGCAGCUGCGGAGUCUGGAGAGAGCAAUGGCCGAACGGAAGCUGGAAACGGAGACUAUGAGGGCGGAGAUGACAGCUCUGUCAGAGAAGGCCGCCAGGGAGAAGGAAGCUCUCAAGAAAGCCGUCAGGGCCCAGAAACGGCGGGCAGAACGCUUCGAGUCCGCCAUCGAGAAGUGCUACGGUCAAAUGAGAGAGAAGGACCUGCAGCUGGCGGAGGCCAAUUUGGAGGCGAGAGCCCAGAAGGGACGUUUUGAGCAGGUGUCGGAGGAGAAGACUCAGCUGGAGGCCCAGAUAGCCGUCGUCAUGGCCCAAGUCUCGGACCUGACCGCCGAGCUGCACAGGGAGAGAGAUGUGGCCAGGGUGUCCAGCCGAGACCUUCCAGAGAGGAUGGAGAAGAUCAGGGUUGAGAACGAAGAGCUGGGUCUGGAGAACGCGGAGCUGAAGGUGUGCAUCACUGGCCUGGAGGAGGCGCUAGCACGCUCGGCCUCGGAGCUCGAUGGUCGGAACGCCGACUGCCAGGGGCAGAAAGAGCUUGCUGAGAGGUGCCGUGUGCAGGUAGACGACCUUCAGAGGGAGCUCGAGACCAUGAAGGCGAAGUUGGAGCAGGUCCACAGAGAAAACGAGGUUGCCAGGGAAGGAAAAGAAGCUGAACAUGAAAAGGUAAAAAUACAGCUGGAGUCACGGGUGAGGGAACUUGCAGCCUACCCCGAUUUGCUGAAAGCAGCCCAACAGUCGCUGCAGGGCUGUGAGGACAAGCUCCAGAGCUCUCAGAGGAAGCAUUCUGACCAGUCAGAAAUCCAUAGGCAGCUGCAGGCUGAGGUCGCCAGGCAGUCUGAGCAGCUCGCGAGCUCCCUGGCGGCGAGGACCACCAUGAGCGAGGCCUCCACGCAGCUGCAGCUUAAAGCGGACCUCCUCCAGAGGCGGGUGGAGGAACUGCAGCAAGAGAACACGGAGCUGGUCUGCCGGCUGGCGAACCAAGAGGAGGCCCUUCGGUACGGCGAGACGGAGCAGGAGCGACGCUCCGCCGAAUGCGCCUCCCUCAGCCGGCAGCUGGAGGCUGCGCUGGCCGACGUCAGGCAGCAGGUUUCUAAUGUCAAAGAGACAGCGACCGUCAAGGAGAGAUCCCUGCAGGGAAGGAUCCUGGAGCUGGAGGUGGAGAGGACCAGGCGAGACGGCGAGCUCCAGCAGCUGAAGAGGAGCAAGCAGGCCGCAGAAACUCAGCAUGAGGUGCGGCUGAGAGACCUGCAGCUGAGUCUGGAGCGCUCAGACAGCCACGCACAGCGGCUGCAGGAUUACGUGGACUUCCUGAAGGCGAGCUACGCUGCCAUGUUCGAGGACAGCCUUGCGGCUAAUGUGGGAGGGGCUUAUCUUUUUAAAUAGCCCGCCCACCGGCACCUGAGGAAGAUCAAUGGAAUUUAACACUAUGAUGAAUUUCCCCAUAAGGUUCAUUAAUUUUAGUAAUAGUAAAAGCAGAUCUAUUUCGCAUAUAUUUCGCUAAACCUACACCAAUAAGAUACUGAAGUCAGGUUACGACCUGUGCUUAGUGCCGUUUUUGUAAUAUAUGUGUCCAAAAGAACUUGGGGCUGGACUCAAGCCCUCAGCCCUGGAGUUUAUGAAAUAUGUGGUUAUUUCUCUCUAAAUGAAUGAUGAUGCAGAAGCCACUCUAACACAUGGCGUCAGAAAGUCUGAGUCAGGUUCUGUUAAUAUCAUGACGCUGAAGGUACAUGUGAAGAGUGGAGGGUAAUAAAACUUCUCGCAGGAGAUCUGUACCUUU